UUUUGUCGAGUCAUUACAUACACUGGCCACGAAAUUCUGUGCAACACCAGCUACGUCCGCAGUAUGGCGUCCGCAGAUGUUCACGUCCGAGUUUGUGAGCAAGAAAUCCUCAAAUAUGACUUGGAAAUCAAGGCUCUCAUCCAGGAUAUCAGAGAGUGCACCGGCCCUCAGAACAAGCUGGCAGACAUCAACACGGAUGUGAAAAAGCAUUUUCACAGCCUCAGAGUAAGGAUUCAGGACUUGGAGCGGAUGGCCAUGGAGCAGGAUAGAGAAUCAGACAAGCACGUUCUGCUGAGGCAGGUCGAGGGACACAGGAAACAGAUGAUAAGCAACCAGACAGCCUGGAGGAAAGCUAAUCUGGCCAGUAAAAUGUCCAUCGACAGGCAGGAGAAGCAGGCCCUACUUAAUGGGUCAGAUAGCGCUGUGAGGCAGAGGAAGACGACCAAAGGGGAUCUGGCCCAAACAACCAGUGGCAUCACCGAAAACCUCAUGAGCAUCAGUCGGAUGAUGGCCCAGCAAGUUCAGCAGAGUGAGGAGACCAUAACAACACUAGCAACCUCAUCAAGAACAAUCCAGGAGACAAACGAGGAGUUCAAGACCAUGACGGGAACCAUUCAUCUGGGGAGGAAACUCAUCACCAAGUACAACCGCAGGGAGCUCACCGACAAACUGCUCAUCUUCCUGGCCUUGGCGCUCUUCUUCGCAACAGUUCUCUACAUCCUGAAGAAGAGACUCUUCCCAUUCCUGUAGAUCAGGUGAAGCACCUUCGUGUCCUGAUGCCAGUCAUGACAGUAAUUGUUGUGGGAAAAGGAAAAGAAUGUCCACACGCUGCAUUUGUGGAAGGCAUUCAGGAGAGAAAGGAACACGAGCCGGGUUUUUCGUGUCAGCCUGCUAGUUUGAUGAUCUAUUUUUACUUUAUGAUUUAUUCAUAUUGACCCUAUUAAUUAAAAAGUCUUAUCUAAUGACAGCUUGUUGUAUUUUAGGGAACAUAAUCCAGGACUGAAUAUUUUCAUACAAACGUCGUAUGUAACUAAACAAUAAGUGAUCCCUGUGCAGUUGUUUUUGUAAAGGCUGAUGAAAUAUAAACUGUUAUUGGAUUAUUUAUUACUGCUGAAAAUGGCCUUAAAGCUGUUGAAGGACGAGAAUAUUAAACAUAUCAAGUUCA